CUUCCUCCUCCUCCUUUCUUCUGCUCCUUCUUCUUCCUCCUCCUCCUUCUUCCUCUCUGCCCCCCCCUCUCCAUCAGCCUGCCCUACAGCUGUACUCUGUGAUAGAAAUGUCGGUGAAGCAGAGUCCCCCAGACAGGCAGGUGACUUUAGACCAGCUGAUGAACACAUUGUUUUUGUCCAGUUUAUUGUAUUUUUAAUUAUGUGUGUGUAUCCGUGUCUCUGUAUGGGCACAUACAUGUGCACGCUGCUGCCUGAGACAGAGGUGUCAGAUGCCCCGGCUGCACUAACAGGUGAUUAUAACCCACCUGACAUACGAGGCUGGCCUGAAAUUCAAGUAAAUCCACCCACCUCUUCCCCCCAGGUACUGGAACCCUAAUGUGUGCGCUGAAAUAAUCACACCUCUUUUUCUUUUUCUUUUUUUUAAAGAUUUAUUUAUUAUAUGUGAGUACACUGUAGCUGUCUUCAGACACACAAGAAGAGGGCAUCAGAUCCCAUUACAGAUGGUUGUGAGCCACCAUGUGGUUGCUGGGAAUUGAACUCAGGACCUCUGGAAGAGCAGUCAGUGCUCUUAACCGCUGAGCCAUCUCUCCAGCCCCUCCUCUCUCUCACUCUUUUUUUUUUUUUAAGUGAAGAUUUCUUGGUAAAUUCAUCUCCCUUUCUCUGUCUCUCUGUCUCUCUGUGUGUGUCUGUGUGUCUGUAUGUCUAUGUGUGUCUGUAUGUCUGUGUGUCUCUGUGUAUGUACACAUUGAAAUCAGUUCUCUCCUUCUACUAAGUGGGUUCCAGGAGGUUGUGAAUCUUGGCAGCAAGCACCUUGGUGUGCACUGAGCCUUCUCGUCAGCCCAUGCUAAAAUCUUUGGUGGCUCUUCCUUUAAAUUGGAGCCACUGGACAUGUCCACAGGUUGGUGCUGUCCAGCGUCUGCCUAGAGCUCAGUGUCGGAGGAAUAAGUGAGUGGACAUUCAGUGACAUCAAGGCAACAAGUCUGAUUGGGGACCUGGGAACAGCCCAAAGUGGAGUGAUCCCAAGUCCUGUUGGGGAGCUUGGGGGACCUGUGGGCACUCCUGGGCCUUUGCUCUUGUUAAGUGCUGACUGGCCAAGAGGUUGAGGGUCUGACCCAGAAUGGAAGACUCCCAGAGAACCACUCUGAGUCCCUGUGAACAGAAAGCCACAACUAUAACCCUGCAAGCAAUGGUGGGUUACAGGUGGGCUCUCCCAACCCUGUAGGACUGAGAAGCCCGGAGCUACACAGGCUGGACUCAGCAGAGGGUAGCGCCCUGACUGGGGCCAGCUUUGGAGAAGGAUGGUCCAGAACAGCUGGGGAAGCAGGCAGGUGCUAGGUGAGCCUCAGAAAAUGGAGGUCAGAAGCUGGAGCCCACAAGCGGACCGGUGGCUACUGGGAUGGCUUUGUCCCUGGUCCAAACUGGCAGAGGAGGUGUUGUCCCCACAGUACUGUAUCAGUUUCCCUCUUCGUCAAAAGCUACCGACGCUACUACCCACUCUCACCUCCCACCACCCUGUAUAUCCCUGUCUUGAGGUUGACACCCCUUUGGCCCCAGAAUCUUCUGGAGUCUUGUCUGUUGAUGCUGAACCACACCACACCACACCCCCACAGGCAUGUACACCUCACCUUAUACUCCGGGUCUCCUACCCCCUUCUCCUCAAUCCCCGCCCCAGUCAUGACUUUCGGUCCAUUUUCUGCCCUAUAUUUAGGAAGGAAUUGGCAAAGAGAAUGGGCUGGGGGGUGAUGGCUGUCGUAGCCAACACCUCCUCUUCCGAAUGCCUUUCUCUGGGAAGGAGAGGGAGGUUACAAAAGGGAGGGGUGAUGAAGCCUCCCUUCCACCUUGGGGGGAAUGGUGGUGGACACACCAGGUAGGAGUGGCUGGGAGAGAACACUCUUAGUUCCCUCGGCCACAGACCAGAGAUUGGUGAGGGGCUCUCCUUGCUUGCUCCUGGCCUACAAAUUCUGAGAAACGGACACCCUGCUGCCAGCUCGCUGGGCGAACAGUGAGCGCCCACUAAGUUACUCAUUGAUUUAAGUGACAACCCCAAGAGGGACACAGGACUACUUUGGUGCGACUCUGGGGUGGCUUGUGCAUCUCUCAGAGGUUGUCUAGACGAAGCAAACCCGGUGCCUAGGUUCGAGCAGUUUGGAGCCUCCAGAAUCGUUGAACCCCAUAGAGACACCACAAUCCCAGAGCUUGCGUGCAACCCAGACCCUAUCUCUUAGCUCCAGUGAGGGGACCGAAACCUCUCUCCAAGAGGCGCCUCUCCAGGCAAUCUGCUCCCUGCCAGGUCCCUCUGCUUUUCUCCUGUGGCCCCACCCCGGCCCCGCCCCUUCGCGGUCCCCUCCAUCCCUUCCCCGCUGCAUCGCCGCCCUACAGCCCCCGCUCUGUGGCGGCCGCCCGAGACACGUGUGCCCGCGCCGGGCGGGCGUGAGGGGAAGUGCGGCCACGCCUGGUCCGGCCACCAUUUCUCCGGCGCCCACCGGUUCGAGUGCGGAGCCUGAAGCAUGAGCGGCGACUCGGAGCGCACGGUGGCCCCGGGGGUGGUGCCUGCACCCUGCGCCUCGAAGGUGGAGCUGCGGCUGAGCUGCCGGCACCUGCUGGAUCGGGAUCCGCUGACCAAGUCGGACCCCAGCGUGGUGCUGCUGCAGCAGGCACAGGGCCAGUGGCUACAGGUGGACAGAACGGAGGUGGUGAAGAGCAGCCUGCAUCCUGUGUUCUCCAAGGUCUUCACUAUGGACUAUUACUUCGAGGAGGUGCAGAAGCUACGAUUUGAGGUGUACGACACCCACGGGCCUAGUGGGCUGAGUUGCCAGGAUGAUGACUUCCUAGGGGGCAUGGAGUGUACCCUGGGUCAAAUUGUGGCCCAGAAGAAAAUGACACGUCCACUGCUGCUGAGAUUCGGCAGGAAUGCUGGCAAAUCCACCAUCACGGUGAUAGCAGAGGACAUCUCUGGUAACAACGGCUACGUGGAGCUCUCCUUCCAAGCCCGGAAACUGGAUGACAAGGACCUCUUCAGCAAGUCGGACCCCUUCCUAGAGCUGUAUCGGGUCAACGACGACGGGAGUGAACAGCUGGUGUACAGGACAGAGGUCGUGAAGAAUAAUCUUAACCCAGUGUGGGAACCCUUCAAGGUGUCCCUGAAUUCGCUCUGCAGCUGCGAGGAGACACGGCCUCUGAAGUGCCUGGUCUGGGACUAUGACUCCCGAGGAAAGCAUGACUUCAUUGGCGACUUCACCACCACCUUCGCAGAGAUGCAGAAGGCCUUUGAGGAGGAGCAGGCCCAGUGGGACUGUGUGAAUGCCAAGUACAAACAGAAGAAGCGCAAUUACAAGAACUCUGGGGUGGUGAUCCUGGCGGACCUGAAGCUCCACAGGGUCCACUCCUUCCUGGAUUACAUCAUGGGUGGCUGCCAGAUCCACUGCACGGUAGCCAUCGACUUCACAGCCUCCAAUGGUGACCCAAGGAACAGCUGCUCCCUCCACCACAUCAACCCUUACCAGCCCAACGAGUACCUGAGGGCGCUGGUGGCCGUGGGCGAGGUCUGCCAGGAUUAUGACAGUGACAAGCGAUUUUCUGCUUUGGGAUUUGGAGCCCGGAUACCUCCAAAGUAUGAGGUGUCCCAUGACUUUGCCAUCAACUUCAACCCCGAGGACGAUGAGUGUGAAGCAAUAUUACAUACUGCUGAUCCUCACGGACGGUGUGGUGACGGAUAUGUCGGACACUCGAGAGGCCAUCGUGCGCGCCUCCCACCUGCCCAUGUCUGUCAUCAUUGUUGGGGUGGGCAACGCCGACUUCACGGAUAUGCAAAUCUUAGAUGGGGAUGAUGGAAUCCUACGCUCACCACGGGGCGAGCCUGCACUCCGAGACAUCGUUCAGUUUGUGCCCUUCCGUGAGCUCA